AGUCCAACAGUGACUGCGGCAUAGAUGCUGCGGACAAUUGUCUCUCUGGGAUAGUUUAACAGGAUGGAUGUUGGCCGACAGCAUCUGUGGUCUCUGCUUCUCCUGGCAGCCCUUUCAGGUUAUAUUUGUGACAACCAAACUAACGAUACCACUGAAAUCAUUCCAAUAACAGAGGAAAUCAAGAGCACAGAUCAAAACCCCGCAAAGCCCAAAGAAUACAUUUUAACAACCGAGCCUACGCCAACGGAUCCAACCUGUCAGAAUUCCCAGCCGGUGAUGCAACGUCAUUCCCAGCUUCCCGUCGUGAAACCCGUAGAUACUUCUCGAAUCAUUUUGGAAGGGAAAUCUGCCACUCUGGAGUGUCAUUUUGAUGCCCUACCAGAAGCCGUGGUUUUCUGGAAAAAAACUUGCUCCCCAAAUUGUAGCAGCAAUUCUGACAUCUCCAAUACUGGAAACCACUUCAUCUCUGAAAAUGUCCUUCAGGGCUGGUCAAAGCUCACCUUUCAUUCAACCCAAAAGAACGACACCGGGAUGUACUACUGCAUUGUGGUUGUUUCCAGUGGUCACGGCCAAUCGUGUGGGACAUUUCUGUGGGUCAGGAGACCUCGUCCCGUCUCCUUCCUGAAUAUGAGUGAAUCCAUUAAAAACAAGAUUAUCACUGUGGAGGGAUUCCUUCUGCUUAUCUGUGCCAUUGGUCCUAGCCUUUUUCUGCUGUUCAAGAAGAGAUGGGAAAAUGAGCGCCUCUUGCAGGCCAAGAAGAAAGCUGGUGAAGAGGAAAAUCUGUAUGAAGGACUGAAUCUGGAUGAUUGCUCAAUGUAUGAGGACAUCUCCAGGGGUUUACAAGCUACCUACCAAGACAUAGGCAAUGUCAAAGUGAUUGAUUUACAGCUAGAGAAACCAGAGAAGCCAUGAAUUAAAAAUGCCUCAUUGUCAUUUUCUUGUUCAUUGGGAAUGGUUAUUUUAAAAUUCUUUCUCGAUAUCUCUUGCUGAGAAUGUGUAUAUAUGUGAUGGUGAUUCUGUAUUUUCCUAUCCUUAGAUAACAAUAAUUGUAUAAAUUUAAUCUUGAGUAGAGAAGUAAGCUCUGCAUUGUCAAAAAUUGGCUUGAAUAGAAUAUCAUAAAUGAAAUAAGCAACAACAAAUCCUUUGAUUUUCCAAACAAGAAAAUACUCAGAUUAUAUGCUAUUUUGUAAUUCCGAUUGCCAUUAUUUUAAAAAGAAGCAUCUCUCUCAUAAGCAAUGGUUAAAUACUACAUAUGGUGACAUUUACCAUCAAU